AUGGAACCUACAUACGACCAACCGAUCGUUGAUAUCGCACGCUACAUUUUUCACUAUGAAAUCGACGAAGCGGAUGAAAAAGUCUGGGCACGGGCGCAGUUGACAUUGCUCGAUACUCUAGGCUGUGCCGUUGAGACCGCAGCUACUAGCAAUGAAUGCCGAAAGCUACUAAGUGUUUCAAGCGUGGGUAUGACCAUCCCGGAUGGAUUUCGAGUUCCGGGCACCAAUCUACAGGUCGACCCUCUAGAGGGAGCGUUCGACUUUGGAGUUCUUAUACGCUACUUGGAGCACAAUGAUGCGUUGGGAGGGGCGGAAUGGGGUCAUCCUUCAGACAAUAUCGCAGCCAUCUUGGCCGUUAUGGACUGGCUGUCGCGUAUGGCAGCCUCAGGGCGUCUCACCCAUACAGGACCACCGCUGAACAUGCGGACAUUGUUGAUCGCACUGAUCAAGGCCUAUGAAAUACAAGGCUGCUACCAAAUGCGCAAUGCAUUCAAUUCGUACGGCAUCGACCACGUAGUAUUGGUCAAACUGGCUUCAGCUGCUAUCGUUUCUUGGUUACUGGGUCUCACAGAGGAGCAGACCAUGGCAUGCAUCUCUCACGUCUGGAUGGAUGGUCAGCCCACGAGGGUCUAUCGAGCGCGCGAUAACACAAUUCCACGGAAGGGUUGGGCCGCGGGAGACGCUGCACGAAGAGCUGUACAGCUUGCUCUUUAUGUCCAAGCAAACCAGCCAGGUUCGCCGGGAGCGUUGUCAUCCAAGCCAUGGGGGUUUUGGGCUCGAACUUUUGGAGCAACGGGCUUCCAGUUCGCUCGACCAUUUGGUACAUGGACAGUCCAAAACGUGCUAUUCAAAACCAUGCCAGUGGAGGGACAUGCCAUAUCUGCCGUGGAAGCGAUCUUGAUCCAAAUGCGUCGCUGCAGAGAAAUAGGAUUGUCGAGUCCCAUGCAAGACAUACAGCGGAUUGACUUGCGUACCACAGCCGCGGCCGAUCUGAUCAUCAACAAGAAAGCACCAUUGCGCAAUUUUGCAGACCGUGAUCAUUGCAUUCAGUAUGUUGUUGCCCUGGCAUGUUUGAAAGGAAGUGCGCCUGAGGCUGUCGACUAUCUCGACACAAGCCCAUGGGCGACCAAUGAAGAUUUGAAAUGCUUGAUGGACAAAAUCGCGGUUUCACCUGACCCGGUGCUAACCCGAGAUUACUUGGAUUUGGACAAGCAGAGCUUGGGGACGGGUGUCACGAUUCAUCUCAAGAACUUGUCGGUUCUUCCGGAGAUACUGGUUGAGUAUCCCCUCGGACAUGUGCGGAACCCCAGGACAGACACGUUUCUGGAAGCCAAAUUCUCACAGAACAUGGCGCGGAUGUUCUCUAAGACUGAAACUGCCCAGAUCGCGGGGGCAGUCCACUGUCCCGAUAUGCAAAUAAGUAGUUUCGUGGAUUUGCUUGCGCGUCCGGCAGGUCAGCCAAAAUUGUAA